CGGUCAAGUAUUAAUACAGAGGCAUGUUUCAACCUCGUUGCUUCCAGCUGUACAGGACUUAGAAACAGAGAGGCACAUGGUGUGGAGUGGAUUCGUUUCCCCAUUCUGAUAUCCUCUUUCCGAAGCAUUGUCAGUGAGCCAGAAGCUCGAUGCAUUCACCAUUACGGCAGUUGAUGGUCUCUUGAAUGUUGAAACGGGAUGAGAGGGUUGAAUCGACUCUUUUGUGGUUUUCUUUAGGAUUGAGGAAGUCGGUCGCUGUUGGAGAGGAGGAGAAUUAAGUUGAAUUGAGGAGUUAAGUGGAGGAAGUCCUAGAUGUGAUGGAGCAUCGGGGGGUAGCAGCUGCAGCUCUGAUUUGUAUUCUGGGGUUUUUUGAGGCGAGUAAAUUGCGUACGGUGGAAGGAAAUGGUGCUCCGCGGGCGCAAUUGUCUUCGAUUCUAGACGUGAACGGCGACUGGCAUGUACAUGCCGGGGAUAACGGGGGAUUUAUCGAGAUGGAGAUUAUAGGGGAAUUGGAGAAAGUUGAUGUGAAGAUCUGGCCAAUGCCUGUAGAAGUUGUGCUUGGUGAGAAGCCGCUCUACUUGGACGGACACACGUUCAAAUUUGAAGUCGCAAAUUUGCCAUCUGUGCCAGAUACUCUUGCGAAGGCCUUCGUGAGAUAUCACGCUAUUAUCUUCUCAUUGCACGCACAGCAUUCGGGGUCGUCCUCCCCUGCGCUCACGAAGCUCAUAGUCACUCUUGGGUCGCAAAACGAAGAGCUUCAAUACGGAGUGGACGAGUCCUACAUGCUGGACGUUCGUGAUUCAUCAGAUUCCAACGUUGCUUACCUUGAAGCGCUGACUGUUUACGGAGCUCUACGUGGUCUUGAGACGUUUAGUCAGCUGACGUCAUACAAUUUUACAUCGAAAUCGGUGCAAAUACGAAGGACUCCAUGCUUCAUCAAAGACUUUCCCAGAUUUCCAUACCGUGGGCUUCUUAUAGAUACCUCUCGCCAUUACCAACCAGUUACGUCUAUAAAACGUGUCCUUGACUCGAUGGCAUAUUCCAAACUUAAUGUUCUGCAUUGGCAUAUUGUUGACGAGCAAUCAUUCCCAAUUGAAAUUCCCUCAUACCCUUUGCUUUGGAAUGGUGCUUACUCGUAUGCUGAGCGCUACACCAUGGAUGAUGCUCGUGAAAUUGUGGAAUAUGCACGUUUGAGAGGCAUUAACGUUAUGCCGGAGUUGGAUGUGCCUGGUCACGCAGCGUCUUGGGGUGUGGGCUACCCAGAACUUUGGCCCACAUCAAAGUGCAUUGAGCCGUUGGACGUAAGCAGUAAUUUUACAUUCGAUGUGAUCAACGGCAUAAUCGAAGAUUUCAGGACAGUCUUUCCAUUUAAAUUUGCCCACUUGGGUGGUGAUGAAGUUGACACAGGUUGCUGGGAGCGAACUUCCCACAUUCAGAACUGGUUGAACGUCAGGAACAUCACCGCGAAAGAUGCAUAUGCUGACUUUGUAGUCCGUGCUCAGGAUAUCGCAAUCAAGCAUGGCUAUGUGCCUGUGAACUGGGAAGAAACGUUUCAUACAUUUUCAUCGCGUCUCAAGAAGGAGACGGUUGUCCACAAUUGGUUUCAGAGUGGAACGUGUGCACAAGCUGUGAAAAAGGGAUUUAGCUGCAUAUUAAGCGAUCAAAGUUCUUGGUACUUGGACCAUUUAGACGCUACCUGGGACAAAUUCUACGAGACUGAACCUUUCUCCAACAUAGAAAACAAGGACGAGCAGGAUCUUAUGUUGGGAGGGGAGGUGUGCAUGUGGGGCGAAACAGCUGAUGAAUCGAAUAUCUUGCAAACUAUAUGGCCACGUGCUGCAGCAGCUGCAGAGCGUCUUUGGAGCACGCUUGAGUAUACGAAAGUAGGGCAUACCCAAGCUGUGAGUAGGUUUCAGCAUUUUCGGUGUCUUCUGAAUAGACGUGAAAUUCCAGCUGCUCCUAUAUUUUACGGUAGCAGAUUUGCAUAUGGACGAAGUUCACCGUAUGGCCCCGGAUCGUGUUUCAAACAGUGAUUGGAUUUACAGAAUGUGAAAACGGUCACUGGGCUGACAGAAUUAUGUAGCUAUCGAUGGCAGGUGCUGCACUUACCCGUUCGUGGACGCUGGUAUUUUAACAGUUUUUAUUGACAGAAGGUUCUUGCAAUAUAAGUGGAAAGAAUUGUUUUACAAUUUGAAAGUGAGAUGGAUGUAUAGAGUGAGAGUGCCACAUUGAAUAUAUGUUUAUUGUAUAUUACUAAAAUAAAUGUAAAAAUAUUAUUGUCA